AUGCGACACAUACCCUACCCCCAAUUGCGAACGGCCUUUCCUAGGUCAGUUCAACGGGACUUGCGUAUUCAAAUAUGGGCUCGUUUCAAGUCCCAGGUUCCCCUGCCAUCCAGGCGCCAUGAACCCAAAGAACUCAACCCAACAUCGGCACGCGCACUAGCUCCCGGUGCUUCCAAAACAAAUAUUCGUAGAGGUAUUAUCCCUCGGCCACCGGAACGUAUCCUAGUUUACUACGGCGGAACUGGCCGAGCGAUAUUCCUAGGCAUGUUACGGGUAUCUACCAUUCUUUUGUUUGGCGCAGCAUGUUUAGUUGUGGCACCAUCUUGCUACACAGAUGACAAUGAAUGGUAUAUUACACCGCUGGUGAUUGCUGGCGGAGCAAUGCCUAUGCUGUUUGUUGCAUAUACAUCAGCACCUUAUGUCAACUUUGUUCAUCUGGCAUUACCUGCUUUCGCACGGAGGUCACGUGAGGCAGCCGUUCAUUAUGCUAAGGAUUUACCGCCAACCGCAAUGCUCUAUCUGAACACCAUGCGGUUCAAUACCAUCCCAAGAACAAUUCCUGUGCGCGUCGGUGAUCUCAUAGCAGAUAAGCAUCUACUUCGUCCUGUUGCCUUCCGCAAUACAAAGCCGAUUGAGCGACCCUGGUGGAUGGGGAAACAUCCAACCCAGUUCUAUACUGGUGAUCACAGCCAAGCGGGACGCCAGUCUUCAGCAUUCUAUCCUGAAGUUUGGCCCAGUAUAUUCCAGCGUAUUCAGAACAGAACGCCAGGACCGGGGAUGCGCUAA